UCUCCCGGGUGGUAGCAGCUGCCACAUCCUGUGGUUGGGGUGACUCCGCUCCCCAAUGAUCCUCCGGGUCCUUUUUACACAAUAAUGUAAAUAUCCUGGACAGUGGGAGGUUCACAUCUACAGAUGGGCUGGGCUGUCCGCACCACUCUCUGCAGAGUCCUGCGACUGAGGGAAGUACAGUUCCCAUACCAGGCAGUGAUGCAGACCCUCAGCAUGCUCUCAAGUGUGCCCCUGUAAAAAGUUCUUGGGAUUUGGGGAACCACACCAAACUUCUUCAACCAUCUGAGGCGAAAGAGGAAUUGUUGUGCCUUUUUCACCACACAGCACGUAUGUACAGACCAGGUGAGAUCCUCAGUGAUCUUUAUGCCGAGGAACUUAAAGCUGUUCACCCUGUCAACCCCAGAUCCAUUUAUGUCAAUAGGGGUUAGCCUGUCUCCAUUCCUCCUGUAGUCCACAACCAGCUCCUGUGUUGUUGCAACAUUGAGGGCGAGGUUGUUUUCUUGACACCAGACAGAUGUUGUUCAGACCUCAGACAAAGUCAACAAUCAAAAGGCUGAACAUGGUGCAAUGACUGUCCUAAGCUGUGUAUAUCACAAUGCUAGAAGCAUCGUCGGAAAGCCAGAUGAGCCCAGGACUUGGAAUUAUGAUAUUGUAGCCAUUACUGGGAGUUGGUUGCACCCAGCAGUCUGAGGGAUUUAGAAGAACAAAUUUGUAGAGAGAUCGCAGACUAUGCCAAGAAACAAAAGUUGAGAUGGUUAAAAAUGACAAGGAAUUUAUCUACGGGAAUCUGGAACACAACAGGCCAGUUUUGCUGUCUCUGUACACGUCUAUAAGAAGUGGAGGAAGGGAUUCACUCCAUCAUCUGACUGACUGGCAUGCCUGUCAGUUUACACAGGGGAGAGGCUGUUCACCUUUUCAGACUGUGGGGAUUCAAGGUCAUCUCAUGAAGAUACAUGAGCAAGUUCACACUGGGACAAGGCCGUUCACCUUGUCCUGUGGGUGAGAAGGGAUUCAGUCGGUCUUCCCACCUGUGGACACACCAGUCAGUUCACACUGGACAGAGGCUGGUCAUCUGCUGAAUUUGUGGGAAAGGAUUCACUCGGUCAUCUGACCUAAUGGCUCACCAGCAGUUUCACACUGGGGAGCGGCCAUUCACCUGCUCAGUCUGUGGGAAGGGAUUCACUUGGUCAUCUAAACUGAAGGUACAUCAGCGAGUUCACACUGGGGAGAGGCCAUUCACCUGCUCAGUCUGUGGGAAGGGAUUCACUUUAUCAUCCCAACUGAAGGUACAUCAGCGAGUUCACACUGGGGAGAGGCCGUUCACCUGCUCAGUCUGUGGGAAGGGAUUCACUCAGUCAUCUCAACUGAAGGUACAUCAGCGAGUUCACACCGGGGAGAGGCCGUUCAUCUGCUCAGUCUGUGGGAAGGGAUUCACUCAGUCAUCUCAACUGAAGGUACAUCAGCGAGUUCACAGUGGGGAGAGGCCGUUCACCUGCUCAGUCUGUGGGAAGGGAUUCACUUUGUCAUCUCAGCUACUGAGACACCAGUCAAUUCACACUGGAGAGAGGCCAUUCACCUGCUCAGAGUGUGGGAAAGGAUUCACUCAGUCAUCCACUCUAAUGGCACACUGGUCAGUUCACACUGGGGAGAGGCCGUUCACCUGCUCAGACUGUGGAAAAGGAUUCAUUAAGUCAUCUCUACUGAAGGUACAUCAGCGAGUUCACACUGGGGAGAGGCCAUUCAACUGCUCGGACUGUGGGAAAGGAUUCAUUUCAUCAUCUCAGCUGAAAGUACAUCAGCGAGUUCACACUGGGGAGAGGCCAUUCACCUGCUCAGACUGUGGGAAGGGAUUCAUUUCGUCAGCUCAAGUUAAGGUCCAUCAGCGAGUUCACACUGGGGAGAGACCGUUCACCUGCUCAGACUGUGGGAAGGGGUUUAUUUUGUCAUCCCAACUGAAGGCACAUCAGAGAGUUCACACCGGGGAGAGGCCAUUCACCUGCUCAGACUGUGGGAAGGGAUUCACACGUUUAGCUCGUCUACUGACGCACCAGUCAGUUCACUCUGGGGAGAAGCCAUUCACCUGCUCAGUCUGUGGGAAGGGAUUCACUCAACCAUCUCAACUGAAGGUUCAUCAGCGAGUUCACACUGGAGAGCGGCCCUUCACCUGCUCAGUCUGUGGGAAGGGAUUCACUUUGUCAUCUCAGCUACUGAGACACCAGUCAGUUCACACUGGGGAGAGGCCGUUCACCUGCUCUGAGUGUGGGAAAGGAUUCACUCAGUCGUCCACUCUAAUGGCACACUGGUCAGUUCACACUGGGGAGAGGCCGUUCACCUGCUCAGACUGUGGGAAAGGAUUCAUUAAGUCAUCUCUACUGAAGAUACAUCAGCGAGUUCACACAGGGGAGAGGCCAUUCACCUGCUCAGUCUGUGGGAAGGGAUUCAUUAAGUCAUCUCUACUGAAGGUACAUCAGCGAGUUCACACUGGGGAGAGGCCAUUCACCUGCUCAGAGUGUGGGAAAGGAUUCACUCAGUCAUCCCACCUACAAGCACACUGGUCAGUUCACAGUGGGGAGAGGCCGUUCACCUGCUUAGAGUGUGGGAAAGGAUUCACUCUGUUAUCUCAACUACAGAGACACCAGCGAGUUCACACUGGGUAGAGGCCGAUCACCUGCUCAGAAGAGAGCAGGAAGAGAUUCUCUCAGCCAUAUCAACCAAAUGUGCAUCAUUGAUUUCACACUGGGAAGAGGCCAUUCACCUGCUGUGAAUGUGGU